AUGUCGUGGCCCACAGCGGCGGCGGCGGGAUGGACUUCCGUUGCCCUGCUAGCGACUCCCCUGCUCUACUAUCAGCUUACACGAGGCAUCCCAUCUCGACAACGCCCUGACCAAGCCCCACGGUCCAAGUUUGGGGUGGUACCAGUGGACGGGUCUCGGCAGGGACUGGGUACACAGCUGCGGAAGGAUGGAGUCGAUAUCAUCUUCGUUCAUGGGCUGGGUUCCAACCCAGACACCACAUGGCGAGCCCGACCGCCGCGCGAUGCCACAAAGCCGCGUCAAUUAGAGGACGCAAACGAUGAUGGAGUCUGUUGGGUCACGGACCUCCUCGUGGACGACAUCCCCCCCGCCACAUGCCGCAAAACCCGGAUCUUCUUCUACAAUCACGAUUCAUACUGGCAACGUGGGGCGGUUCAGACGCGGCUGUGGAAUCUGGCAGGCAACAUGCUCCAACAUCUUCAAGGCAGAUUCCGACAAACCGAGGAGGAAAAGGCACGAGAUUUGGUGUUUGUUGCAUACAGUUACGGCGGCGUCCUUUUGAAACAGAAUACCACUCCAUAUCAAGACAUCGUGAGCCGAACUCGUGGAAUUGUCUUCCUUGGGACACCUCACCGAGGGUCUAGUUUUACUUCGCUAGGAUCGUGGAUUGCGUGGUUUUUACGGCCGCUAGGAUCGAAUGCGUUACUUCUCGACGAAAUAACAUACGACUCAUUACACCUUCAAGAUCUGCAUGAGCAAUUCACGCAGGUAAUCGAGGAUCAUGUUCAGGUAUACAACUUCUUUGAAGAGCGUCCCACCUGCCUGGUCGAUGUUGGAAUCUUUCAGUGGAGCAAGUUCGUUGUCAACCAACAGUCGGCGAAGUACUCCGAGGGUUCCGGACAUGUCCAUAAUGUCGGCUUGGCCGUCAACCAUGCUGGACUGAACAAGUUUGGGGAACGGACUGCGGAAUACGAGGCUGUCCGUGAUACGCUGGUGCGUUUCCUUCCGCCUCCGCCACGGCAGAUAUACUCUGUGCCAUCAAGUCGAGUAGAGACAUAUACAUCUCGGCGAGACCUUUCGCAAAAGAUCCAUAAGGGUCUGGGAGUGACUUUUAAUGGUGAGACCGCGGAGUUUGACGAGACUGUCAAAGGCUUCCAAGCAGUCAUCGUCCACGGAAUGGGUGGUGUGGGCAAGACACAGCUGGCACUGAAUUAUGCCGAAGAGACUCGUGCAUGUUACGAUCCCGUUUUCUGGAUUGACGCUCAAACGAAGGAGACAGUCAAAGCAAGUUUUGAACGAGGGGCAGCCGCACUGGGAUUGGAGUUUCAGAAUUCCCCGACUGCUGACCUAGAACUACAGGAAUUUCCUCCGGUGGCUGGCGUGUGCCGCUGGUUCUCCGAGAGGGACGAAGGAGACCCUCGAUGGCUGGUAAUUGUUGAUAACGCGGACGAUACUUCGUGGCGAAUUGAUGAGAUCAUCCCACGAGGGAGCCGGGGACAUGUGAUUGUGACGAGUCAGCACCAACAAACUCCAGGUUUCCUUCAAGGGUCUUGUAAGUUCGUCGAGGCUAGAGAGAUGAGCACCGAAGAAGCCCGGAGUCUACUCAUGACAUACGUCGGUCUGGCUGUGGGUUCAGAGUGGGUGCAACAGCUCGACGAAUUGGGAGACUUUUGUGACCAGGUUGUUAAACGGCUUGGAUGUCUGGCCCUAGCGGUAGAACUCGCUGGGCUCUACCUGAGUGAGCAGCUGCCCCAUCAUCGCAAUGACAUGAACAUGAUGAACUCCGACACCUUCUACCGGGUCUUCCGGCAAUAUCUGGAUGAUUUCGACCGACAUCGGGAUGAACUUCUCCAGGGGCAGCCUUUCCAGCGACUCUCGUCUUAUCAGAAGACGGUAUGGACUGUGUGGGACACAAGCUUAGCGGCCAUCGAGAGACAAGCUCCGCACAACCACGCAAUCCAAAUGCUGACGUUUCUUGCACAAUUUGACCGUGGGCAGAUGGAGAGGGAGAUGUUUCGACUCGCUAGUGAUGGUUGGCGUGACCUGUUUGAUGGAUUCAAAUUAUCCGAAAGUGAUGUGCCUGACUGGCUUCAACGAUUUGUUACAUGCCACGACAAUGGCUGGGACGACUUUCAUUACCGACAAGCUACGCAACCAUUAAAGCGUUAUGGGUUGCUUCGACAAUUAGAUGGUGAGUGGGCGGGAACGACCAUGCACAGUCUGGUGCAGUGGCGUGCGAGAAAAUCUGGAGAGGAGAUGAAUGUAGCCUGGAGACGAUGCAUAUUGAUCUUCCUCCUGGCGGCAGUGGUUCAGGCCGACCGCGAGGAAGAAGGGCAUUCGUUUGGACGGCACUUGAGCACACACCUGUUGGAGAUGAACGUCGGCUACAGCGAGCUGGUCCAGGAGUUGCAGCUGAAUGAAUUAAAUGCCGCGACGCUAGGGGGGGCUCUCCGGACAACAUUCUACGCAGAUGGUCGAUGGCAGAAGGCAAAGGAAUUGUCGGUGCAAUUAGUGGAAGUGAGAAAGAGGGUGCUAGGGCCGAGUCACCCCAAUACGUUGUUGAGUAUCGUCAAAAUGGCGACCAUACUCUCGGCAUUAGGGAAGUACGAGGAGGCUGAGAUGAUGGUGCGAGAAACAUUACCGGUGGCCGAGGAGAUGGUAGGAAAGGACCAUACUUUUACGCUUAACAUGAUGAAUAACCUAGCCGUGGCUACGAUAGGGCUAGGGAAGUUCGAAGAAGCAGAGCUGUGGCCUUGUCCCACCUACGGCAGUUCGACGAAGCAAAGAGCAUUUUUGAGCAAGUGCUACAAAUCAGUGAGAAGGAGCUGGGAGAGGAGCAUCGAGAAACACUAUCCAGCAUGA